GUUAAGGUUUGCCAUCUUAUUUUCUUAUUCCCACAGGUGAUGAUGUGUCCCGACGAUGAGCGGUGAAAAUGACGAAAAUGACCUCCUAAAGUCAGCGGAUGAGAGAGACCCACCGAGGUCAGAACUCAGAAAUCUCUCUCAGAAUAACCAAGUCCUUUCCCUCUUUUUACUUUUUUUUUACCGCCUUUACAUUCCCCAUGCUUUAGAAAAGAUUCCCUCCUCCUAUGUUUUACAAUCUCCCACAUUUACUUUCCCUUGUCAAAGGUAAAUGAUUGUUCUUUCCCGCCAAAAUCUGCCCUCCCUCCCUCCAUUUCCCUUUUCUUACUGCACUCCCCUCUUCCCUUUUUUUUACUGCACACUUUCUUCCCCUGCUUCCCCUGUCUCCUCCUAAAGUAGCCCGCCAAACCUAGAGAGAGAGAAAGUGAGAGAGAAAUGAAGGGAGCUUCCAAGGUGAUAAUGGGAGCCACGGUGGUGAUGGUGGUCGGCCUAGGCUUCGUACUCACCCUAGUUCUCAUCCUCCUAGCCGAGCUCUACUGCAACCUCAUUCUCCGCCGCCGUCAGCACCGCCAGCAGCUGGCGGUGGUUUCCUCCCCUGACACCAUCACACCCAUCACCACCAUUCCCUCCUCCCCUCCUUCCAACCUCCUCCACAACUACCGCCACUCUUCUCCUUCCCCUCCUCCUCUCAGAGUCCUCCAAGCUCCCAGAAGCUUCCUCUUCCCCGCAGCCAAAGAAGCCAAGCGACUCAUCAACAGCCGCCGCAACAGCCACCACAAUGAUUCUCGCGCCAGCUCCACCAUGUCCUCGAGCUCUAAGAUGAUUUGUCCACAGCCGCUGCCAGCCCGCAGCAGAUCGGGCUCCACUGCCGAGCAUUUCAUUUACAUAUCCAAUCCCAUCUACGACAACAACAAAGGUGCGGAUCAUCACGGCGCCAGCGGCAGGGACGACACCCCGUUCGAGACCCCGGACUCAUCGCCGUCUCGGCUGGAUAGCGGCGGCGACGUUUCGAGCGGUGGCGACGUUUCGAGCAGCAGCGAUGAGGAGAUGACGACGACUAAGGCGACGGCCAGUCCUCCCGUGGGUAGUUCCACUCCCCCGCUGCAGCCGAUGAAGAAGCUGCCGACGGAAGCGACGUCGGUUUCGCCGAGGGACGCUGUUACUGUUUCGGGGAGUACCGAUUCCAAUAGUAACAACGGGCUGCUGUCUUCCUCAUCCUCUAGUUCAACUUCUCCGUCGUGGUGAUUAAUUCGUCAUCAGAUUCGUUUUCCCUUUUUUUUCUCCUUUCUUGUUCUUGGUAGCUGUACUGUGGAUAUAAGCAUGAAAGAAGAGAAAGAAGCGGUAUGGGUAAGCUUCCUUUUGUUUUCGGCCUUUUUUAAGCAAAGGCGUGGGUUCUUGUGUCUCGGCCAUCCAAGCCCACGCUUUGCGCCUCCUCUAUGUUAGAUUCGUCUUUUUGUUUUUUUUUUUAAUAUUGUAACUCCUCUGUUUAUUUGUCGUUAUUCCUUGAUGAUCUUGUGUAAGCUCCUCUGUUUCUCUUAGGUUUGAACUUGUGGGUAUUGGACCGGUCGUGAUGGGUCAAUUUUGAUAACGCACUUGAGUUAUUACGUGAGAACAUGUUGCUACGUGAUAGGCUUAGGUUGUAUAAUCUGGUACACUUAUGCGCACGACUCUAGCUUAGUUUCGAACAUAAGCGAAUGCGUUGGUGUUUCGUCUAGGUCGAAUAGAGUAGAUGAUAAUUU